AUGCCGCGUUGGGGUUACGUGAUGUCUGCUUUUGUGCUGUUCCUGAUUGGGUUCUUCGGUUUUUUCUUGAAUCUCCUCGUCAUCAUAUUGAUGUAUAAGGAUAGACAGCUUUGGACGCCAUUGAAUAUAAUCCUAUUCAAUUUGGUAUGUUCCGACUUCUCAGUAUCGGUGUUGGGUAAUCCAUUCACGCUGAUUUCGGCAUUGUUCCACCGAUGGAUAUUUGGACGGACUAUGUGCGUGCUGUAUGGAUUUUUCAUGGCCCUGUUAGGAAUUACCUCAAUAACAACAUUAACAGUGAUAUCAUUUGAACGAUACAUAAUGGUGACAAGACCGCUUCGGUCACGACGUCUUAGUCCUAAAGGAGCGGCAGGAUUAGUUGUGUUCAUAUGGGCCUAUUCCUUGGCGCUCACCACACCACCUCUGAUGGGCUGGGGUAGUUACGUUAACGAGGCUGCCAAUAUAAGUUGCUCAGUGAACUGGCACGAACAGUCAGUGAACACACUCACUUAUAUUCUGUUUCUCUUCGCGAUGGGUCAAAUAGUCCCGCUGGCGGUCAUUACCUUUAGCUAUAUUAACAUCAUAAGGACUUUGAAAAAGAACUCUCAACGACUGGGGCGCGUGAGUCGCGCGGAGUCUCGCGCCACUGCGAUGGUCUUCAUAAUGAUUGUAGCGUUCACAGUUGCAUGGACGCCGUAUUCACUGUUCGCUUUGUUGGAACAAUUCGCGGAACAAGGGAUCAUAUCUCCGGGCGUCGGUGUUAUUCCAGCUCUGAUUGCAAAAAGUUCAAUAUGUUACGACCCUCUUAUUUAUGUUGGAAUGAAUACACAGUUUCGUCAAUCCAUCAGGAGAUACUUCAGUUCGAUCGGCAGAGGGAAUUCAGAAACUGGAAAGCCAUGCCACAAUACAAUAUUGACACAAAAAUUAUCAGCCGUCAACGAAAUAACUAUACGAUAUAAUACAUCUGAAUCGAAUUUAUUAAAUUCACCCCAAAAGAAUGUAAAAAGUCAAGUAAUACCGGAAAAUAGAAAUGAUGCUACAAGAAGUGAUAUCAACAAUAGAUGUUACUCAAAAAUUCUCGAACUACCGACAAUUCCUGAAACCAAAACACCAUCGGAUACAGAAAAAUCUGGUGAUACUGUAUGUGAUGAUGAUACUAGUACUGGUCAAAUAAAAGUAGACAAUUUCGAACCAUGUAAAUUAGCAGACCAUUCAUUGAUUUUAACUAUAGUUGAUUCUGAAGGAUUUUUUCUAACACAAGCUGUCAAACGUAACAAUAAUAUUGAAGAUCUUUGGAAAAUAUGGAGUAUUGAUGGUUUAGAAAUACAUUCAACAGAUGCUCUACGUUUAGAUGACAAACUUCAAAUAACAAGAACCUUACAAACUAUGAAGCACAGUUAUUCGUUAGAUCUUAGCUGUGUGCAAGAAAAGGGACGAAUAUUCUCGGUGAAAUCAAAACAAGAAUCUUAUGUCCCUGAAAAAAGUUUGCCCAUGGAUAUGAUUGAUACCAAACAUCAACCUAAUUAUAAGAAUUGUAUAUGUUUAAGUGAUAGAAAAUACAUCGACGAUAUAAGUUUGUAG